AUGGGAGGGCCCCCCAUCACAAUAUCCACCUGCAGCAGCACCAGUUGCACCAUCACAAGCACCAGCACCAGGACAGGCACCGGCUAUGGCAACAGCUCCAAAGUCAACAACUACAACAAGAACAAAAUCAAGAUCAGUAGCAAAAACCCCAUCGCCGCGGAGGUCAUCGAAACGGAGAAGAAGAAUAGGGAAAGCGAUCAAAAGGGGAUUCAAGAAAACGGCCAUAUGCAUCUGCCAAAGAAAAUAAACUGGGAAGAAAGGAGGGUUGGAAUAUUAGGAGAACAAGCUCGCUCACGGGAAAUAAAACCUUGCAUGGCUGUUGAACAGCCAGUUCCAGGAGGGACUGUUUUCGAUAAAAAACUAUAA